CUCCCCUUUUCCCUUAUCUCCUCUCUUCCCUUUCCCAUCUUUCUUGAGGCUGACCUUUAACUCCUGAUGCUCCUGCUUCCACCUCCGGAGUACUGGGACUACAGGCUUUGCAGUGUGGUCCACAUUCCCAGCUUUUGUGAGCUGUCGUCCCCUGUGCCUGGGGUGAGCAGCUGACUGUGAGUCAUUUCUUCUCCUUGUGUCCAUUGUCCAGAAGUCAUUUGAGAAGCUGCCGCAGAAGUUGCUGCUGUGCUCCAAGUUGAUCACUGAACAGAGAGCUCCAGGACCUGCAGGAUGGGGGCAGCCUGCAUCAAAGUCACCAAGUACUUUCUCUUCCUCUUCAACUUGCUGUUCUUUAUUCUGGGUGCUGUGAUCCUGGGCUUUGGAGUGUGGAUCAUCGCAGACAAGAGCAGCUUCGUUUCUGUCCUUCAAACUUCGUCCAGCUCGCUGCAGGUUGGGGCCUAUGUCUUCAUCGGUGUGGGUGCCAUCACCAUGCUCAUGGGGCUCCUGGGCUGCAUCGGUGCUGUCAAUGAGGUCCGCUGCUUGCUGGGGCUGUACUUUGUGUUCCUUCUGCUCAUCCUCAUUGCACAGGUGACUGUAGGGGUCCUCUUCUACUUCAAUGCUGGCAAGCUGAAGCAGGAGGUGGGCAGCAUGGUGAUGGACAUCAUUCAGAACUAUAAGACGAAUGCCAGCAGCAGCCGUGAGGAGAGACUGCAGGAGGCUUGGGACUAUGUGCAGGCGCAGGUGAAAUGCUGUGGCUGGGCCAGCUUCUACAACUGGACAGAUAACUUGGAGCUCAGGAACUCUACAGAGAACAUUUACCCCUGCUCCUGCGAGGAGACAAUGGAAGAGGACAACCAGUACAUUGUGAAGAAGGGGUUCUGCAAGGUCUCCAACAGCAGCUCGGAUGCAAUCUUCCAUGAAGAGUGGCCUGUGUACAAGGAGGGGUGUAUGAAGAAGGUGCAGAUGUGGCUUCAGGAGAACCUCGGCAUCCUCCUGGGCGUGUGUGUUGGUGUUGCUGUCAUUGAGCUGCUGGGGUUGUUCCUGUCCAUCUGUUUGUGCCGGCACAUUCAUUCUGAAGACUACAGCAAGGUCCCCAAGUACUGAGCUGCUGACGUCCUCUCUGUGCUGUGUCUCUCCACCCUCAGUAUCCCAUGGGACCUCUCUGACUCCUUCCCCCAUGGCCUGUGCUCCAUCCACCACUAAGGUCUCUGGCCCAUCCUGAGCAGGUCAUAGCGGGGACUUUCUGGGCCUGGACCCUUCUCCCUUCCUCUCUGUUAGUAUGAAGCCCCCGCUGUCCUGUGGCUUACUGUCUAGGGGGGUCUCUUAACAGCUUUAAAUGGCUCCCAGUGUUACUGUACAGGAUGGCUGGGUCCCCACCCUGAAGUCAUAUUAUAUUGUAGUAAAUUCCAGGGUGGGUGGAUGUAACACCAUGGCUACCCAGGGACAGGCCACAGGGAAGGUUAGUACCCUGCCCCCCACCCCACCCCUGUGAUAAUGACACUGUCUUUGUGGGUUUUUCAUGUUUCUGUGGGAGACAGAGAGAGUAGACAGUCCUUCACACCUGACAGUCCCCUCACCCCCAGCAGCGCAGCUCAGCAGGGGUUGGGGGACUGCCCCAGGCAGCCUCUAGUGAGCUUCUUGGUAAGGGACCCAAUUGCUUAGGGACAUGGGUCCCUCAGGUCUGGCACAGGACCCUGAAUUGUCUGUGGACCAGAGAAGGAUGAGCUGGACUGAUUUUUUUUGGCAGCUCUCCCUGUCCUCUGCACUAAGGGUGGGUGGUUGAGGCUGUGCCUUGCAGGUUGGGGGAGGGGCUCCAUGUACUCGGCUCUGAAAUCAACUAUUAAAGAAGGGUUUGUAACAAUA